UCCUAGGGUUUCAGUUCCAAUAUCAAAACCCCUUUACUAAACUGAUAUUAAAUUUGUAAAUAUAAACAUCUCAUCGAUCCUUCAAGUAUGGUGAAGAAAUCAGCGGAGACUGGUGGUUUAACGAUUGCGCCAUUUCUGUCUAAAUGUUAUGAGAUGGUAGAUGAUCCUUCGACGGACGCUUUAAUUUCAUGGAGUCCGACUAGUGACAGUUUCAUAGUUUGGAAUGAAUCCGAGUUUACUUCCGAAUUGCUUCCCAAAUAUUUCAAGCACAGUAACUACGCCAGCUUUCAACGCCAACUCAAUAUCUAUGGGUUUAGGAAAAUCGAUACAGAUAGAUGGGAAUUUUGCAAACGAAGGAUUUAUCAAAGGCCAAAAGCAUUUACUGAAUUCCAUAAACAGAAAAAAAGUGACACAUGUCACAUCUCAUCAAAAAGUUACACAUGAAAAAGCUCCAGAGUCCAAACUCAUACAUGUCACCACACAUGAUGAAAACCGAUAUGCAAACUUAAGAAAAGAAGUAGAGAAUCUUAAGACAGAUAAAAACGCAUUGAUGCAAGAGCUUGUGAAACAAAGACAACAUCAAGAUAAUUCACAAACAAAAAUGUUGGUUCUUCGUGAACAGCUAAAAGGUAUGGAAAAAAACCAACAUCAAAUGUUGUCAUUCAUAGUUAUGGCAAUGCAAAGCCCUGGUUUUUUAGCUCAAUUAUCAACUCCAGUUCAAACCACAUGGCUCAAGAGUGAAAGUAAUAGCAAAACCAUAUUGAAACCUGUUGUUGAAGAUACUGAAGACACUGAAGAUACUGAAGAAACUGUGAUUCUUCCUCAUGAAGGUGCAAUUGUGAAAUAUCAACCACCAGUUGAAUUUCCACAAGAUGGAUUUGAAUUUGAGCUUAGUUCUGAGGAAGUGAAGGAUUUGUUGAAGGAUUUUGAUCCUGAGGUGACAUUUGAUGAGAGGAUUGAAAGUUUUGAUCCGUUUGUAAUCCAUGAUAAUGGUGAUGAUAUGUUGGAUCAGCUUCUUUCGAGUCCUUUUUCAGAGAAAAAAUAAAAGUGUGAAAGAUUUUAUUGAUGAAGAACAUGGAUUUGAGGAAAUUGGAAUGGAAUCGAUGGAUAGGUUUAGAGUUUUGACAGAAGAAUUUGAGAAAUCUUUGAGUGUGUCAACCAUGGAAUCUUGAUUUCAUGGAGUUGAGUUUUGGUACUUUAAGUUGACUUCUACUUUUGUAUAUUGUUAAAUGUGUAUAAGCCGGUUUUCCAUGGGAAAACAUGUUUAGAGAAACGCUAAAAAGUUCUCCAUAUACGAAUGUUAUUUUCCACCUCUAUUGGGUGAUUAAGAUUGUAAUCGUAGU